CUUUGAAGAUGACGUGCUGAAGGUGAAGUGGGUGGUUAUACUUGUCAGCAGUUGUUAGGAGAAAGUAAUCGUGUAUCGUUUUGUAAUUUAUUUCAUUAUCAGUACUUACUUUGGAACCUGUACCUCAUUUCAAAGGUGCCUUAUUUAUUUAAACUGUUUCUCGCUGACAGGUUGCGCUUUGGUACUUUACACCACCGCCAAGCUCCGCGUAGCACGCUGCUUGAUUUCUCUUACCGCGGCAAAGUCGCUAAUCACGUCAAGUGCCUUAAUGCUGACCUGCGUCAAUCGGGCUUCGUGUUUUUAGUGCAGAUCGGGAGACAAGAUGCAGAACGUAUGAUUAGAACCUCAUCCCUUCAGUGAGAUGUCUUUGGUUUUCUCACGCUCCAACACCACCGCUGUUGGCAAGAAGGACAAGAGACUAAUGGCAGAGGUGAACGCUUCCCCCCUGAAGCACUUCGUCACGGCCAAGAAGAAGAUCAACGGCAUCUUCGAGCAGCUGGGCGCCUACAUCAAGGAGAGCUCCACGUUCCUGCAGGAGACCUACAAAAAUGAGGAGCUGGACCCCAUCACCACGGAGGAGCAGGUCACGGAGGUGCGGGGAUACCUCUCCAAGGUGGCCGGCAUCGGAGAAGUUCUGGCCCGGAGGCACAUGAAAGUGGCCUUUUUUGGGAGGACGAGCAACGGCAAGAGCUCCGUGAUCAACGCCAUGCUUUGGGACAAGGUGCUGCCGUCGGGAAUCGGCCACACCACCAACUGCUUCCUACGGGUGGAGGGCACCGACGGCAACGACGCCUUCCUGCUUACUGAGGGCUCGGAGGAGCGCAAGAGCGUCAAGACGGUGAACCACCUGGCCCACGCCCUGCACCAAGAUGAGCACCUGGAUGCCGGCAGCCUGGUCUCUGUCAUGUGGCCUAAAGCCAAGUGUGCGCUGCUGCGAGACGACCUUGUGCUAAUGGACAGUCCCGGCAUCGACGUCACCACCGAGCUGGACAGCUGGAUCGACAGAUUUUGCCUGGAUGCCGAUGUGUUCGUCCUGGUGGCCAAUUCUGAGUCCACGCUGAUGCAGACGGAGAAGUCGUUUUUCCACAAAGUGAAUGAACGCCUCUCCCGGCCCAACAUCUUCAUCCUGAACAACCGCUGGGACGCCUCCGCCUCCGAGCAGGAGUACAUGGAGGAGGUGAGGCGGCAGCACAUGGACCGCUGCAGCGGCUUCCUGGUGGACGAGCUGGGAGUGGUGGACCGCGCCCAGGCCAGCGACCGCAUCUUCUUCGUGUCCGCGAAGGAGGUGCUGCAGGCGCGGAUGCAGAAGACGCAGGGCAUGCCGGAAGCAGGGGGGGCUCUGGCUGAAGGCUUUCAGGCGCGGAUGUUCGAGUUCCAGAAUUUCGAGAGGCGGUUUGAGGAGUGCAUCUCGCAGUCGGCGGUGAAGACCAAAUUCGAGCAGCACACGGUGCGAGCCAAGCAGAUCUCUGAGACUCUGCGCCUCAUCAUGGACUCGGUGCACGUGGCGGCACAGGAGCAGAGGAUUCACUGCCUGGAGACCAAGGACGAGCGCCAGGACAGGGUGGAGUUCAUCGAGAAGCAGCUAGACCUUCUCACACUGGACUGCAAGAACAAGAUCAGGUGCAUCACAGAGGAGGUGGAGAAGCAGGUGUCUAACGCCAUGGCAGAAGAGAUCAGGCGUCUCUAUGUGCUGGUGGAUGAAUUUCACAUGGACUUCCACCCCUCCCAGGUGGUGCUGAAGGUGUAUAAGAAUGAACUUCACAGGCACAUUGAGGAGGGCCUGGGCCGGAAUAUGUCGGAGAGGUGCUCUUCCGCCAUCAGCUCCGCCUUGCAGACGACACAGAGCGAGAUGAUAGAGGGUCUGAAGCCUCUGCUGCCCCCGGUGGCCAGGGAGCAGGUGGACAAGCUGGUGCCCCGACAGAGCUUCAACCUGAGCUACGACCUCAACUGCGACAAGCUGUGCAGCGACUUCCAGGAGGACGUCGGCUUCCACUUCUCCCUGGGCUGGACCAUGCUUGUCAACCGUUUUCUGGGGCCCAAGAACACGCGACGUGCCCUCAUGGGAUAUAACGACCAGGUACCUCGUCCCCUGGCCAUCACCCCUGUUAGCACCAGCAUGCCCCCCUACCCCCAAGGCUCCAUGACCCAGGAGGAGAUCAUGGUCUCCAUGGUGACAGGCCUGGCAUCCCUCACCUCCAGGACGUCCAUGGGCAUCAUCGUCGUUGGGGGCGUGAUCUGGAAGGCAGUGGGCUGGCGGCUGAUCGCCCUCUCAGUCGGCCUGUAUGGUCUGCUUUACGUCUACGAGCGCCUCACCUGGACCACCAAGGCAAAGGAGCGCACCUUCAAGCGCCAGUUCGUGGACUAUGCCAGCGAGAAGCUCCAGCUGAUAGUCAGCUACACUGGCUCCAACUGCAGCCACCAGGUCCAGCAGGAGCUGGCGGGCACCUUCGCUCAGCUCUGCCAGCAGGUUGACGUGACCCGGCAGAAUCUGGAAGACGAGAUAAAGGACUUGAACAGGAAGAUUGAGCUCCUGGAUGCCCUGCAGAGCAAAGCCAAGCUGCUGCGGAACAAAGCCGGCUGGCUGGACAGCGAGCUGAACAUGUUUACUCAGCAGUACUUGCGGCAGGGGCGAUAAGAGGAGUAGCCAGCGGUCUCGGACCAGUUCGCAUACUGCAAAGGAGGCUCUAGAAAGCACUUUUUAUUGUUAAUUUCCACCACACCCCCCACUUCUGUAAAUGUAUAAAUAUUUGUUUUUGUCGUCAUUUGAAGGAUAACACAUUUUAUCCAUGCCUUUUAGAGGAAAAUAAUAUACCAAAUACAAUUCAGUGUGGUAUUAAUUUCUCAAGAAAAUGCUUUUUCUCUGCCAGUUUCGUUACGUAUAAAGAUGCCUUUUAAGCUGUAAUAGGCUGACGGGAGAAUCAGCUUAGUUGUAAAUACAUUUUUUUUGUUGUUGUAAAACAUGAUUUGAAAUUUACAGCUGUAGUUGUAAAGUUUAUAAUUUAUAAUUACUUUUUUCAUGUCACUUGAAAAUAUUAAGUCUUGCUAUUAGACUGUGCACUGAUAUUAAAAUUACCUGCAUGCAGAAUUGCUGUUUUUUUUCUUCCUCCUUUUUUUAAAAAGAUGUAUCCUUACCCUGUAUUGUGGAGAUGAUCGCUUGAUCGAGCAUUUUGAGGAACGUUUAUCGCCUAUUUCAGAUCAGUGCACGUUUUAAGAUGGUAGUGAAGUCGGAGACAACACUUGUUGGGAAUCGUCAAUGCGCGAUUUGCACGUGCCGCGUCCGCCCUCGUCUCGCGUCCAUUGAAAUGAAUGUACAGCGUGUUUGCAUUGGUCACGUGUUACAGCGGCAGCGCUUCACUCGUGUGUCAGUAGCUAGUCUGGGUAGCUGGUUCACUGUCGGAUUGUCAGCAGUAUCGGGCAGUCGCUUUUUUAAACGACGGGAAGACAUUAAGAUGGCAUUUGCAAGUAAAAGUCAUGCAUAUGGGAAAAAAAGACAUUUUCCAUGGGAAAGGGCACCGUAUUAAUGAGCUUAAUUCAGCUAAAUCUCUUCAAACCCCAUGUAGAAGAAAUUCCAAGUAAAUCAGUCAUAAUAUAAACGAAUGGAUGUUAUACGAUCAGGUCACCACUGAUCUGUAAAGUGAUGACCCCUUUUGCAGCCCGAUUGAUUUUUUUCAAACUCUAAAUUCGAUGAGUUUUUGACAGAUUACCGGUCUCUGUUUCAGGGAAUAAAGUUUGAUUAAAACAAACGCUUUUUCCCAAGACUUGCUGAAGGUAGCCCUAUAAAAAUGGCCUGUUUCGUUUAUUAUAAAUCAACCUCAGCUCAAAUAUAUUUAAGGCAGGUCUGCAGUGGCACCAAGUUUCAAGUUGUUAAAGUGCAGUGGUGGCUGUUUUUCCCGCUUAAUGCAUCGGUGGUCUGCACGAAGUGAUUAAAAGUCUCCCGAAACGUCUUCAAGAUGAAAACAUGCAUUAAGUGUUAUUUCAUAGUCCAUGUAUUUUUGUUUUUGGUAACUUUUCGCCAAUCAAUACCGAGUCUGUUCUGACCCAGUCACUGUCCAUGUAUGAUUGUAACAUGUAUUCAGUAACCAUUGUAACCCAUCGCCUUGUCAACCCAAAUGUAAGGAAAACGACAAUAAAGACUUUAGAAACGGCA